GGUCAGUGGAGAGAUCUGAGUCACUGUGAUCCAGUCUGGAGGGAACAGCGCGAGCGACUGGAGUGAGGAAAACACUUGGAGAACAAAACAGUGAUGUCUCGGGAAAGUCCGAGUGGCUGGAGUGUGUGGGACGGGAACAGGGAGACAGAGGCCAUUCCUGCUGUGACGACCCUCGACCCAGAGGAGCGAGGGGUGCAGGUAGGACAGUCAGACUAUGAGGAGUACCAGCCCGUGACGGAGUGUGUUCCAGCUGAGACGCCUCUGGUGGUUCCUGUAACCGGGGAGUCAUUCUGUCAGUGUCCGACACAAACAGACCUGAGCUCUCAAACACAGCUGGACACGUACGCACUCGAGUGUACCUGCGGAGAGGACGAGUCAGGUUGUGUGUGGGUGUGGCACGAAGAGUGUAAAUCUCCCGCAGUGUUGCUGAGCUGCUCUAACAGGAAGGUGAGUUUUCACCCCGAUUACAGCUGCGGCACAGCGGCCGUCCGUGGGUCAGCAGAGCUACGGCACGGUCAGCACUUCUGGGAGAUAAAGAUGACCUCGCCUGUGUACGGCACUGACAUGAUGGUGGGGAUCGGAACGCCGGAGGUGAAUCUGGAUCAGUUUAGACACAGUUUCUGCAGCAUGCUGGGAGCAGACGCCCACAGCUGGGGGCUCUCCUACACAGGUCUUCUGCACCAUAAAGGGUCAAAGGUCAGUUUCUCUCCACGGUUUGGUCAAGGCUCGAUUAUCGGACUUCACCUGGACACUUGGCACGGAACUCUAACCUUCUACAAGAACCGCCGGUGGAUUGGUGUGGCUGCCACAGGUCUGCGGAACAAGUCCUUCUACCCGAUGGUGUGCUCCACUGCAGCUAAGAGCAGUAUGAAGGUGAUCAGCUCAGUUGCCGCCCCCACCUCCCUGCAGUACCUGUGCUGCAUUCACCUGCGCGACUACUUGCCGGACGUGCCGGACGCUCUCUCUGCUCUGCCCUUACCGCCAGGGCUAAAGCUACAGCUCAGCCAGCAGCUCGGCUGGGUGCUCAGGCUCAGGAGGCCUGAGGCGUCCACGCAUACCUGUGCUGAAGAUUCCCAGCCAGGCCAUGCCCCCUGUCAGAGCCCUUACCUGGACUCCACCUCCUUAAAACCUGCACAUACAUACCUGAUCUCUCAUCCUGACUCCGCCCACACACCUGGACACACACACCCGAGCUCUCAUCCUGACUCCGCCUCCUUCACACCUGCAGAUACAUACCUUUCCCCUCAUCCUGACUCCGCGUCCUUCACACCUGCCGAUACACACCUGAGCUCUCAUCCUGACCCCGCCUCUUUUCUUGAUGCUACAGCAACUCCUGACUCAGCCCAUUGCACACCUGCAGACAUUUGCCUCACCUUUCGCCCUGACUCCGCAUCCUACUUUGAUGAUGAUAAUGCUGCAUAUCCUGACUCUGCCUAUUGCACACCUGCCCACACAUACCUGUCCUCUCAUCCUGACUCCGCCUCCUGCAAAUAUGUUGAUCCUGACUUGUUCUCAGACCUUGGCUCCUGUUCUGACUCCGCCUCCUGCUCUGACCCUGCGUCCUGCCCUUGCUGUGAUGCUCCUCUUUCUCUUGCGACCUGCGGCCAUGACGACUGCCUCUCUAGUGCCUCCUGCUGCUCAGGCCCCGCCUUCCGCCCCACCUCCCCUCUUCCUGAUCAGUCCUGCUGCCCUUCCUCUCCUGACCCCGCCCAGUCUAGGCCAGGCGCCACCUCUGGGAGUGACUCCGACAGCUGCACUUCGGAAACCUGCCAGAGGAAACGCUGCCGCUGGACAUGACACACACACACACACACACACACACACACACACAGAGACACAGCUCCAGUCGUUUAUUACACUUCCUGUCUUACCUCAGAUAAAGAGCAUGACUUGAACACAGCUAGUUGCCAUAUGAGUUACAAUUUACCGCUUCUACCGUUGUAUUUUGUAUUCCAGCCAAUCAGAAUAAGCUCCUCCCCCUGUUCUGGGUCAGGCUCAGGGUGUUUUCUUGUUUAAAAACUUGAUGUUUUUUGUGGACAGACUGAGAGUUGAAUAGUGUAGCAUUUUGAAUAGCCCUCAGGUUUCAGAGACAUUUAUGCAUGUGUUGUUUGGGCUUGACGAGUUUCCUAAAGCGCUUUACAAACAUUAUAGGCUGAAGGAAAAGUUCUCCGAUCUGAAAAUCUGAUCUAAGAUGCUCUGGUUUCUUUUCUAGUUAUAUAUACAGAACCUCACAGAAGUGAGUGCACCCCUCACAUUUCUGCAGAUAUUCUGUCUUUUGA